AUGAGUCUUUCUACAGCAACCUCUCUAUCCUUGAUGUUCAUAAUGUGGACAUGCUGUGCACGAGAACAACCAGAGUGGCAUCCUCCUGCUGCUGGAUUUCAGAAGUGCCAAGAAGCCUUGAACCGUCCUAUGUUGGGAGUUCUUCCUGGAGGUGGCUGGGAUAACCUGAGGAACUUGGAUAUGGGUAGAGUGAUGAGCCUCAAUUACUCUUUGUGCAAAACUACAAAAGAUGGGGCUUACAUCAUCCCCAAUGACGUCUUCACCAUUGCUCUUAAACAAAGCUCGCUGGAGAUGAACUCGGAGAUCAUUGAGUCUUGGAUGGAUUAUCAAUGUACCACUGCUGUUUCCAUCAACGCAGGGCUGUCUUUUUCCCAUAUCAAUGGCAGGUUCUCCAGUGAUUUCCGCAGGGCAAAAACUCACCAAGUGAGAGAUAAGUCUGUGUCCACAAAAGUUCAGAUCAGGAAUUUGAUGUACUCUGUAAAAACGGAUCCUACCACAAAGUUGGAUGAAGGCUUCCAUCAACAGCUUGUCACCAUUGCUAACCAGCUGGAGAAAAACAAGACUCAAAUGGCUAACUACUUGGCAGAAAUCUUAGUGUUGAACUAUGGCACUCAUGUUCUCACCGGAGUAGAUGUUGGAGCCAGUCUUGUUCAGGAGGACUAUAUCAAAGCUACCUUUGUGAAAGAUGGUCAAUCCAUGAGAAGUGCUAUCACUGCUGCAGCUGGUAUCUCUUUCCAAAACAUCAUCAACUUUAAUAUGGGUGUUUCAGUGGGUGCAGAAGACAAUUUAACCAAGCAAUACCAAGGCAACCGUACUAGUUCUAGAGUGGAGAGCUUUGGGGGUCUGCCUUUUUAUCCUGGGAUUACCCUGAAAACCUGGCAAGAAAGCAUCACCAAUCAGCUGGUGGCUCUUGACCGUUCAGGCUUGCCUUUGCCAUUCUUCAUCACCCCAAAUAAUUUGCCAGGACUUCCCAGCCCCAUUCUGAAGAAAUUAUCCAAGACUAUAGAAUCUGCCAUUGACCGCUAUUAUACAUUCAACACUUAUCCCGGCUGCAUAAAUCCAGCUUCACCCAACUUCAACUUUUAUGCCAAUGUGGAUGAUGGUACCUGUGAAGGAAUGGCAACCAAUUUUACCUUUGGAGGAGUCUACCAAGACUGUGCUCGAUUAGAAGGCCCUGAUGCUGAUGUGCUCUGCCAAGCCCUCGAGCAGAAGAACCCCCUCACUGGAGAUUUCUCCUGCCCUGUGGGUUACACCUCCAUCAAACUGCGAUCUCAACAACGUGAGGAAGGAUUCAGCCACUUAGAUUGCCAUCGAGAUUGCUUUCUUUGGAAACUCUUCUGCAAGUGGAUUUGCAAUGACAUUUUCACUCUCUCCAAAGUGCAGUUUAGCUCCCACUGGUGUGCAGCAAGAGGCCCAGUCCCUGAAACCUCUGCAUUUCUCUUUGGAGGGCUCUUCAGUGCCAAGAGUACCAAUCCUGUCACUAAUGCUCAGUCCUGUCCAUCCAGGUAUUACCCACUGAAGCUUUUUGACCAGCUCAAAGUUUGUGUGAGUAGUGAUGAGAGGGGGAAACGUCAUUCGGUGCCCUUUGGGGGGUUCUUUAGUUGCCAAAUUGGAAAUCCCCUGUCUGGAUUGCCUAACGGGACAGAAAAUGACUCGUACCUCAAAAGGUGUCCGGCAGGAUUCAGCCAGCACCUGGCUCUGAUCAGCGAUGGGUGUCAAGUGGAAUACUGUGUCCAAGCUGGCCGUUUUACAGAUAAGUCUUUACCUCAAGCCCGGCUGCCCCCCUUCACUCAAAAGCCAGCCAUCAGCUUCCUUGCUACUGAUAUCGUUCUUGUUACAAGCAGCAAUGGGGAUCAGACCUGGAUCAAGGAUCCACAGACUCAGCAAUGGAAGUUGGGCAACUCGGAGGAUGUGCUCCACUCCCUGAAGAGAGGUGGGGAUGCUGGUGGGGGUCUGUCAAAUGGAGAAGCAGCAGGGAUCACCAUUGCAGCCGCUGCUGGAUUGGCCAUUUUAAUUGGAAUCGUUGUCCGUGUAUUUAAGAGGUACAAGAAAAGGGAAUUUAGCAAGAUAGAGGGAGAGAAGACAUGUCUGAUAUCAAAUAAUCCCGUUUACGGCCUCCUGCCUGAGAUGGAGGAUACACUCCAGCCAGAGCAGGAAAAACAACCAGUUUAGUGGCUUCAUGCCUUUUACCUAUAAAUCCCGAAAUUCUGGUAUGGCCAUUAGUCAUGCUGACUGGGUCCAAGGUUUGAGAUUACUGUAUCCUAACAAGCUUUGCUCUGGGCUUUUACUCAUCUCUUAUUACAAGCCACUUAUAAUCCUAAACAAAUUUCUACUGUCUUUCGCUCUACUCAGGAGCUAGAUGCAACAUCAGGGACAAAAAGUCUCUAUUUUCCAUUUGAUUAGGAAUGUUGGCAGUUGCCCUACCCUGGGUCAGAUCACUGAUCUCUCUGGAUGGCUGCUUUUGAUAUCAAGUGGCGGCGGCAGCUCUGGAGUUUAACAGCAAUGGUCACAUGCAGAUUGGCUCAAGGGCACCCAUCACCCAAAUUGAUUCCAAGUGCGUCCAGUGUUGCAUGUAGUCAGCUUGCAAGUUAUGGGUUUAAAAAAAUGGGUGGAUUAGGGGGAUUACUUUGAGCACAUGGAAGAAAGUUGUUAUUGUCAUUAAAUGUUGUUAAAAAAGCUGGAAAGAGAUUGUAACAUCACUAUGGGAAAUCUAAUUCAUGCUGAAAGUUUGAUAAAUAUAUUUGGUUGAAGCUAUUUUAACCACCUUUGAGAAUAUGUGCA